AUGUUUCCUUCUCUGGCUGAGAAGCUGUAUGCUUCGCAACCUCCAAUCAAUACCUCCAGUGUCUGGAACCGAACAGAGGUACGACCUAUCGACGGGUUUGUCUAUGCCAUAAGCCCCUUCAACUUCACGGCACUCGCCGUCAACCUGGUCAUUGCGCCUCUGAUUGUGGGAAAUGUGGUCGUUUGGAAACCCAGCCCGGGAGCGAUUUACUCAAGUUGGCUCUUCAAUGAGAUCAUGAUUGAAGCCGGGUUGCCGCCGGGCGUUUUGCAAUUCCUGCCCGGUGAUGCUGAACUUGUGACUGGAGCCGUUUUCUCGAAUCCAGACUUCGGAGGACUGCAUUUCACAGGAAGUACAGUUGUUUUCAAGAGCCUCCUCGGCAAAAUCGGCUCCAAAAUGGACUUUUGGAAAUCGUAUCCGCGUGUCGUCGGUGAGACAGGUGGGAAGAACUUCCAUCUGAUUCACUCUUCCGCCGCUGUCAGGAACGCCGCGCUGAAGUCGGUACGAGCAGCCUUUGAGUACCAGGGUCAAAAGUGCAGUGCUCUAUCUCGAGUAUAUGUCCCAGCCUCCCUAGCCGACUCUUUUAAACGUGUCUUGGUUGAGGAGACCGAGGCCCUCACAAUGGGUGAAGCUUUCACAGAUUUUAUUGGGCCUGUCAUCAAUGAAACAGCCUUCAAGAGGGUCACGGGCUAUAUUCGUGAGGCCAUGGAGUCUCCCGGUAUCACCGUUCUUGCUGGUGGCCAGUUCGACGACUCCAAAGGAUGGUUCAUCAGGCCGACCAUUGUCGAAACCCAAGACCCCAUGUCCAAAUUCAUGAAGGAAGAGAUAUUUGGCCCGUUCAUGUGUGUCUACACCUACGAUGACAAGGAUUUUGGCCCCACUAUCUUCCGGCUGAUUGACGACACGACCGAAUAUGCACUCACUGGUGCCAUAUUUGCGAAGGAUCGAGCAGCGAUCAUUGAGGCGACCGAAGCGCUCCGGUUUUCAGCUGGCAAUUUCUACAUCAAUGAUCAAUGUACCGGUGCGAUGCCUGGACAACAACCGUUUGGUGGCUCUCGAGCCAGUGGAACCAAUGACAAGUGUGGUACAGUGGGGUUGUUGAGUCGGUUUACAUCUCAAAGAACGAUCAAGGAAAAUUUCCACGUCAUUGACAGCGUCUUGUAUCGGUCCAACAUGGCAUAA